AUGCAGAGAGUAACAACAAACACAAAGAACCCAACCCUUUUACUGUGGCGCGUGCGGCUAGGCUCGGCUUUAAGGACCUUUCUCGCCUGCUCCAUAGUGGGCUGCACCACCCUCUACGGUCCGGCUACUCUCCGACGGUUACUACGAUAUCCAGCUUUCUCUUACUUAACAACUGUCCUGAUCGUGUCGGACGCGACACUUGGGGAAACCCUAAGAGGUUUCUGGCGUGCUCUCUACGCUAUAGCUGAGGUUAUGAUCCUCUCGGCGCUGAGCUUGUGGCUGGUCGGGCCUGCCCGGUUUGCGAACAGUAACAGCCUAUCCGCGGCGGCUGCGGCUGUCAGUGCUUUUGUGGUGGCAUUGCCGGAGUCGACAAGCUUGAUGUCUAAAAGAAUAGCGUUUGGGCAGAUUGUGAUCGUGUACGUGGGGUUAGUAAACCAUGGUGCACAAACUGGAGUGAUUGAGCACCUCAUUCAUGUGGCAGCAAGUACGGCCCUCGGAGCCUUGGCUUCUGUGCUAGCUAUGUUAUUUCCAUACCCUCGGCUAGCCUACAGUGAGGUGAGGACAACAUGCCAAUUAUACGCUGAAAAUGCUUCGAAGAGGUUAAAAUACUUAACGGAUGCCUUCUUCGCCCCGGACAACUCAGCUGCACUUGACUUGGUCUCCCAAGCGAAGUCCCUUUCUGAAGCAGGAGCUAAGUUUCUUAAAAGUAUACAAAAAAAUAUGGACGGCAUACUGUGGGAGAGACUAAGAGCCAAUUGCAUGGACCUGGGAGAAAAGUUGCAAAAAAUGGAAAUACUAAUAAGAGGGAUGGAAAUGGCACUAACUUCUUGCCAGUCCUUCCCUGUUAGCAUCGUAGGUGAAGAAGAGCUCAGAAAUCUCUUGCAAAGUUUGACAGAACAAGUAGGAAAACUAGAGCAAGCCAAGUGCUCGGUGCCGUUUGGUGCGACAACAGCUACAGAAAGAACCGUAAAUUUUUCAGAAAACUUCAAUCGGAACAUUUUGAUAACCCCUGAAGUUCUGCCAGCUUCAUUCUUCUUCUAUUGCAUGGAACUCUUAAAUGACUUACUCGUUGCCCAAAAUCCUAAUUGCGCUGUGGAAAUGGACUCUGAGAAGACCAACACUGAAGAAUCGAGUCAUUCGGAAAAACAAGCCAAGCGCAUCUUCCAAAAGACCCGGAUCCUUCUGAACUUAAGACCAACCUGCCAGAAUUUGGUCUUUGCAUUCAAGUGCUCAGUUUCUUUAGGUCUCGCCGUGCUUUUUGGUUUGAUAUAUACCAAAGAAAAUGGAUACUGGGCGGGACUCACAAUUGCCAUUGCUUUUGUAACGGGACGACAUGCGACAUUUGCACUUGCCAACGCUCGAGCACAAGGGACAGCAAUGGGAUCAGUGUUCGGAAUCCUCUGUUGCUUCAUUUUUCAAAAAUAUGUGGCUUUUCGGUUUUUACCUCUUCUUCCUUGGAUCAUCUUUACCAGUUUCCUGAUGCAUAGCCGGAUGUACGGUCAAGCCGGUGGGUUUUCAGCAGCUAUAGGAGCAUUGUUGAUAUUGGGUAGGGAAAAUUAUGGCCCUCCUAGCGAGUUUGCAAUUGCUAGAAUCACAGAGGCAUCAAUUGGGUUAGUUUGUUUCAUAAUGGUAGAAAUACUUGUGCACCACAUACGAGCAGCAACUCUGGCCAAAACCAGACUGUCAAGAAGCUUUGGGGCACUUCAAGGGUGCUUCGAAGACAUGGUUCUUCGUGACAAACAGAAUAUGCGCUCUUCAAUUUUUCCCGCACUGAGAGAAAAGCACAAGAAGCUAAGAGCCCAAGUCAAUGAACUAGAGAAGCUGAUCACAGAAGCAGAGUUGGAACCAAAUUUCUGGUUCUUGUCUUUCCCGGGUGAUUCUUACAAGAAGCUCCAAGGAUCCUUAUUAAAAAUGGUGGAUCUUUUACUCUUUGCAAGCUAUACAACACAAUUUCUCUCGCAAGUAUCAUCGAGAGCUGGAAUUGCUUUGGAGGAGCUCCAGGAACACAUUAGUAAUGAUUUAGAGCUUUUCAACAAAGAAGUUGGCUCUAAAUUAAAAUGCCUAGAAGAGGUUACUUCAAUUAAGUCUCUUGAAGUACUUGAAAAAGAAUUGCAGAAGAAAAACACAUCACGUGACAUUGAGUUGGGAAAAUCAACAAAUGCAAAUGUGUUCAGGGUUGAAGAAGAGAUUGAGAACAUUGUAAGCUCCUUUCUCCAACAUUCAAGGAAAGUGGCUGAUAAAAUUUAUACCAGCGAAGGUCAGGACCAGCUCAAAAACAAAAUGGUUCUUCGUCUAUGUGGCCUAGGGUUCAGCAUCAAUACUCUGAUGAAAGAAACAAUGAAGACAGAGAAAGAAGUAAAAGAACUAGUCAAACGGGAGAAUCCUUCAAGCCAUAUAAAUCUGUAUGAAAUUUCCUGUAAAGUUAAGGCUCUGCAUACAUAACAGAGCACACAUAACAUAUCUA